AUCAAUUUUCUAUACGCUUUCGAAGGUCAUUUAAUUUUUGCCCGAUAUAAAAAGGCCAUUGCAAACCUAUUGCUCUUCAGUUGCAAAUCGUGCAGUUGCAAAUACCAAUCCCUAACGGAAUCUUCAAUAAGAAUGCCUUUAUUCUCCAAUGUUAUGUGGGCCUCGUUGCUGGUUGUUGUCUUGGUUUUCUCAACAUCGGACGCACACAAAAAAGGAAGAGGAGGCAGUGGUAAUGGUGGAGGCUAUGGUGUUUACGGUGGCCAACAAAGUCUAGGCUACGGUGGUGGUCAUACAUUACUACCGAUGAAUUCGGGACACGGUGGCCAUUCAUCGCAGAAAGAAUACGGUGGCCCCAUUUCUCCGAUGAUAGGAGGACACCACAGUAGUCAAGCAGCACCCGUGAGCAGAGAGUAUGGAGGUCAGAUUGCGCCAAUACGUGGAGGGUACGGUGGUCACGCAUCACCCAUGGGUGUAGGAGAUACCAGUAGUCACGCUUCUCCCGUUAGUGGUGGGUAUGGUGGACAUGGUUCACCAGCCGGUGGAGGAUACGGAGGGUACGGCAGUAGUCAAGCGGUCCGUCGGCCUAAGAGUGGAGGCUACAAUAAAAAUCACGCUGCAUCUGUGAGCGGAGGAUAUGGUGGUUAUGCUGCGCCAAUGAACGGAGGAUUCGGGGGUCAUUCAGCGCCAGCAAGAAAAGGACAUGGUGGUCACGCAGCUCAAAUAAACACAGGAUACGGUGGCCAUGCAGUGCCAACCAGUGGAGGAUAUGAAGGUCAUGUAGCUCCUAUGAACGGAGGAUACGGAAGUCACGCAGCAUCGGUAGGAAAAGGUUACGUUGGCCACGGAUCACAAAUAAGUGGAGGAUAUGGAGGUCAUUCUGCACCAACUAGUGGAGGUUAUGGAAGCCACGCUGCUGGAAAAGGCUAUGGUCGUUAAAAACUGUGGCUGUUUGAAAUAUUUCUUUACAACUUAUAAUGGAUGCUCAGAAAAAAAAUGGCCUUUUUACAUAUUUCAGGCCUUAGAACAAAGCUUCAAUCUUUUCGAGAUCUGCAAUCCACCCACUUAAGUCGAAUUGAUCAGUUGAAAAAGAAAUUUCCCAUCAGGGAAUGGCCGUCUGAUCGGAAGAGCAUCGUCCUCCAACAUUUCAGUUUUGUUUCUUUUGUGUUUUACCUUACCGGAUUUGUGCCGUCAAGGUGUGGAAUACACUAAAUUUGCGAGUGA